CCUACAGUUGCUAACUUUGCGUCCGUGCCGCUCGCCGCGGGUCAGACCAAAGGAAGUCUAAAGGUCGUCUUUAGAAGGGCUGUAGCUCAGACCAGCCACAGUCCGACGACAUGGCCGGACGGGACCGAGUCGUUCACCUGCUCAGACAGCUCGAGCGCGCGGCGUGCAGAUGUCCGGCUCACUCCAACACCUUCCACCGAGGUGCUGGAGCCGCGGCCUGCAGCGUCAGGACGACAGACUACGCCUUCGAGAUGGCGAGUUCCAACAUCAGAUAUGGAGAAGGAGUCAGCAGGGAGAUCGGCAUGGACCUGCAGAACCUCGGAGCUCGGAACGUCUGCCUGAUGACGGACAAGAAUUUGUCCCUCCUGCCGCCGGUGAAGGCCGUCCUCGAGUCUCUGGCCGAGAACGGAGUCAAAUACAAAGUGUUCGACAACGUCCGGGUGGAGCCCACCGACUCCAGCUUUAAAGAGGCCAUCGCAUUUGCGAAGAACGACUCGUUCGACGUGUUCGUGGCGGUGGGCGGGGGCUCUGUGAUUGACACGUGUAAGGCAGCCAACCUGUACUCGUGCCACCCCGACGCCGACUUCCUGGACUUCGUCAACGCUCCGAUUGGCAAAGGGAAGCCCAUCACCGGAGCUCUGAAGCCGCUCAUCGCAGUUCCUACCACUGCAGGAACCGGCAGCGAGACCACCGGAGUCGCCAUCUUUGACUAUGAGCCUCUGAAGGCCAAAACCGGUAUCGCCAGCAGGGCCAUCAGACCAACACUGGGCAUCGUGGACCCGAUGCACACACUGAGCAUGCCCGAGAGAGUCGCCGCCAACAGCGGCUUCGACGUGCUCUGUCAUGCUCUGGAGUCGUACACCGCGCUGCCUUACAGCCAGAGGAGCCCCUGCCCCCCGAACCCCAUCAACCGGCCGGCCUACCAGGGCAGCAACCCCAUCAGCGACGUGUGGUCCCGUCACGCCCUCAACGUAGUCGCCAAGUACAUGAAACGGGCGGUGCGGGACCCAGAGGAUCUGGAGGCUCGGUCCAGCAUGCACCUGGCCAGCGUGUUUGCCGGCAUCGGCUUUGGAAACGCUGGUGUUCAUCUCUGUCAUGGGAUGUCUUAUCCGAUCGCUGGUAAUGUGAAGACUCAUUCAGCGAAGGGUUACAGUGUAGAGCACCCUCUGGUGCCUCAUGGUCUCUCGGUGGUCCUCACGUCUCCAGCUGUCUUUAACUUCACGGCCCCGAUGUGUCCAGAGCGCCACCUGGAGGCUGCUGAGAUUCUUGGUGCAGACAUUCGGCAGGUGAAGAGGGAGGAUGCGGGCGCCAUUCUGGCUGACACGCUGCGUCAGUUCCUGUUCGACCUGCAGGUGGAGGACGGACUGGAAGCUGUGGGAUACAGUAAAGAUGACAUCCCUGCUUUGGUGAAGGGAACCAUCCCUCAGGAGCGAGUGACCAAGCUGUCUCCCCGGGGACACACUGAGGACGACCUGAGCCGACUAUUUGAAGCCUCAAUGAAGCUCUACUGAACACACACACUUUUCUGUCCUUAUGAGGACCACACAAACCCUGUCAGCUCUGAACUGUUCUCAGGUCUAUUGGGUGUCGAGCUGCAGUUCUUCUUACAGCCACUAGAUGUUGCUGUCUCUCCAGGUCGAUUUUACAUGCAAAUAUGAAAUAAAAGACGGCUUUACAUGA